AUGGGUGACCAACAACCACCUGCAGACACUACAGCUGCCAACAACACCCACAAACCUCUUCACCCUGUUUACACUGUGUCCAAUAUUCAACACAAAGUCCGCGUGUUAGACGGAACCAAGGUUUCGUAUGCUUCGUGGGUACGUCUCUUUAUGCUUCAUGCUAAAGGAUAUAACAUACUCUGUCACAUCGACGGUUCGCCGUCGCCCGCCAAAGACUCUCCUGACCUUGCUUCUUGGGAGAACAUAGAUUCCAUCGUUUUGCAAAGGAUCUAUGGAACCCUUUCGGAUGAGCUUAUCGUCCGGGUUUUAACCGAUAAAUCCACUGCCCUUGAGGCUUGGCAGCGGGUCAAACGCCUAUUUGAGAACAACAAAGGCCCUCGUUCCCAAGCACUCCAACAUGAACUCGCAAAUCUCACCCUCGCCUCUAUGCCCAGCCUCGAUGCGUAUUGUCAAAAGAUACAUGAAUUAACCGACCAACUUUCUGCUUUAGACUUUCCCAUGAAUGACCAGCAACAGGUCCUUCAUCUCGUUAAAGGUCUUCGUAAGGAAUACGAUACCAUCGUAUCCAUCCUAAAUAACUCGCUACCGACUUGGGAAGAUGCUAUCGACCAACUCAUCUCCGAGUCUGGUCGACUCAAAACCUGCGAUGCUGUCACCAAAUCUCCUGCUCUUGCGGCUGCCAUACCCUCUUCCACCCCAUCCGAACCACCCGUGUGA